GCAGCAGGGAGAGCAGCGUCCAGCAUGUCGUUCGGCCAGCCCGCGCAGGCCGGCGGGUACCUGAACCCGAACAAUGACUACACCAUCGGCGAGACCAUCAACGACGGCAUCCAGGACCUGGCGUGGAGCCCCACGAGCAACGUGCUGGUGUCCGGCAGCUGGGACAACUACGUGCGCUGCUGGGAGGUGCAGCAGCAAGGCACGCAGUUCAACGCAGUCGCCAAGGCGCAGAUCGCGCACGAGGGGCCGGUGCUCUGCACGGCCUUCAGCGGGGACGGCAGCACGGUGUUCUCUGGAUCAUGUGACAAGACGGCCAAGAUGUGGACGCUGAACGGCCCCGCGCAGGGCCAGCAGAUCGCCGCGCACGACGCGCCGAUCCGCAGCAUUGCAGCGAUUCAGGAGGCCAACUGCGUGGCCACGGGCAGUUGGGAUAAGACGAUCAAAUACUGGGACACCCGGUCGCCCACGCCCAUGGCCUCGGUGCAGCUCUCGGAGCGCUGCUACGCCAUGGACGUCAAGCACCCGCUGCUGGUCGUGGCGACGGCCGACCGCCAGGUGCACGUGUUCGACAUCCGCAAACCUUCGCAGAUCUACAAGUCCAUCCAGUCGAACCUCAAGUUCCUGACGCGGACGAUUGCGUGCUUCCCGGAUGCUUCGGGUUUCGCUAUCGGAUCGAUCGAGGGACGCUGUGCCAUCCAGCACGUUGAAGACAAGGACAAGAGGUUCUUUCCUGCGGCAACUUUUUAUUUGUUAUCAGUUGGUGAUACUAACAUCGCUUUGUGUUGCGAUCUCAGGAACGACUUCGCAUUCAAGUGCCACCGCGACGGAUCGGAUAUUUACCCGGUGAGCAGCAUCGCGUUCCACCCGUUCGGUACAUUCGCCACCACGGGCGGAGACGGCACGUUCUGCUUCUGGGACAAGGACGCUCGCCAGAAGCUCAAAACUUUCAACAAAUGCAACCAGUCGAUCACGACGGGCAAGUUCAAUGCGCGCGGAGAUAUCUUCGCCUACACGUUGUCUUACGACUGGUCCAUGGGCGCGGAGAAGUACAACCAGAGCCAGCCGAGCGUCAUUCGGCUGCACAGCGUGGCCGAGGCGGAAAUCAAGCAGAAGAAAAAGCCAGGUACUGGGUCGCGGAAUUCGUUCUAA